AUGCCAUUUACUAGUAGUAUUACAGGGCCAUGUGCAAUUACUAUAUGCAAGAGACAGUCUUCUGACUGGAGAAAGGUAACUGAACACGUUAUUUCCAAAGGUCAAACUAACAAAACUUUUCCAAAUUAUGUUCAACUAGGUGAUACAAUUUGUUUAAACUGUUAUAAUGGAAUCAUAACAAGGAGUGCAAUCGAAUUUCAGCAACAUGCAUUAGAACAGUCCCAUCAUAAUGAGCCAGAAAUUUAUAUAGAAACUUCUAGAUUGCCACCAAUUUGGAUAUUUGAAGAAUUUCGUGCAGUUAUGGAAUUAGAAGAUAAACGGCUGAAGUAUUUUUUUGAUGAAUUAUAUUUAUCAAUCAACCCGUUAAAAAAAAGCAAAUCUACAAUGGAAAAUGUAUCAAAACAGUUGGUAUUUUUAUGUUAUUUUAUUUGUGGUAUUAGAAAUAAGUUUGUUAAUAAUGCAAAAAGAGAUCUAGGGAUGUAUUUAGAUUCUACUGGGACACCUGAUUCAACGAUAGACACCUUGGCAACAUUAGGUAUGACAAUAACAUCUCGUUCAAUUGCUUACCACAAGGAUGCUAUAUCUAAAAAACAUUUGACAACUGUGGAAUCAAAUCUUGCAGAUAGUACUAAUAGUGCUCUAGUUUUAAAUAUUGAUGAUUAUCACAGUAUACACAUUAAAAGAAUGCCUGACACUACCACAACAUCAAGUGCAGAACAUCUUGCUACUAUUUUACUUAACCCAAUUAAGAAUCAACCAGCAAUACCAAGUGAAGAUAUUCAUAAUCCUGCGUUAAUUGAAGCUCAGCUAAUCAAAAUUGGAAUUGAAAACAAUUUUAUGUCAACGUAUUCACUUUCUCAUAACCAACGUUGGGGGUUUCACCUUGUGAGUGAUAAAACAAAGCUUGAAGAAUUAACAGUCCAUAGCUAUGAUGUUCGUUUAAAAGAAAAAAGGAACACAAGAUCACUAAAAGAUGCUGUACUUGUGGAUCUCUUGGAGAGUAAACUUCAAUCAAUGGAAGCUUAUAUAAAUGCUAUUAAUGUUGCAGCAUCUGUUCCAACAAUAAAUAGAUAUAUUGAAGAUGGCAAUGUCAUCCCAGUUGUUGCUGAUUGGCCUGGUCAAAUAUUCCUAAGAACUGCUAUAUCACGGUGUCUUAUCUAUGGUAACUUUUCUGGAAUUACUAACAAAGAAAACUUUGUUCACACUUCAUCUUGGGCAGUUUAUCAGUAUUCUUCUUGGAAUAUUGAAACUUUGACACGAAAAACUGCAUGUUAUCUUCUAGAUUGUUUUACUGAUAUCUAUACUCGUAUUAAUCAUAAGAAAAUUCAAUUUUUAAUUCCACCACGGGUUUCUAUGAAACGCCCAUUAAAAAGGAGUAAGAAGGAAGGAAGUGCUAAUACAGGAAACAGUAUUCCUAUUCCAGCAAUGAAGAUGAAGGAGGCAUGGCUUUGUCAUCUACCUUUAGGAUAUAGCUCUUCACAUAAGCCUAGUUUGUAUGGUUGUGAUUCUUCUAAUUGUUUUAUUACUAAAACUAUAAUCACUGAAGAAGCAGGGCAGGAUGGCGUUGAUAAACAUGUUCAAUCACUUCUAGAAAGUUUGCAUCAAAUUAAUUCAAAUAGUAGUGCUGAAGGUGAAGAUCCCAGUUCUAUUCUUGAAGAUGAUAAUGAUGACAUUAAGGAAUCUGCAGAUGACAUUUUAGUCCCAUGGGAUGAUACAAUAUGGCAAUUUCUUCA